AUGGACAUAAAAGAGAACAGAGGGCCGGCUGAGACUCCGUCAACCCCCACUCGACGAACAAACAUCGCCAAUAUUAUCAAUAUGGACGUCGACAUUGUUAUGGACAAGUUCUGGCCCGGGUACAACCCCGAUGGCACCAAGCGAGAAUCUUCAGCAGAACGAGGUAUGCUCUACAGAUCAGAGUCCGGAAUCUCUACUCCCCUACCCGUUCCCAACGUCUACCAGCCUCCCGCACACCAGUAUCCCGGUCUGGACAUCAAUCAGAGCAGUACCGGAGUCAUCUGGACCACUGAGCGAGCUGCAGAAAAGGGGUUCACCUACCAGGACCCUACGUGGGCUAACCUGGGUCAGGGAGCUCCUGAGGUCGGAGACAUUCCUGGUUGCUUUGAGCGACCCGAUAACAUUGAUAUUUCCAUCAACACCCGAGAAUACGCACCAACUUCUGGUCUAACAGACCUCAGAAAGGCUGUGGCUAACCUCUACAACGAGGAGUACCGACAAGACAAGGCCUCCAAGUACACCUAUGAAAACGUGUGUAUUGUUCCCGGAGGACGAGCUGGUCUGAUUCGAAUCGCCGCCAUCCUCAAGGACUGCUACAUGAGUUUCUUCUUCCCCGAUUACACAGCCUAUUCUGAAAUGCUGUCGCUGUUCAAGAACUUUGCUCCCAUUCCAGUGCCUCUGGACGAUUCGGACAACUACCAGGUCCAUCUGGACAUUAUUGAGAGCGAGCUCAACCGAGGAGUGUCGGCUCUGCUGACCUCGAACCCCCGAAACCCCACCGGACAGGCUCUUCGAGGCGCCGAUCUCAAACGACUGCAAGAUAUGUGCAGAAAGAAGUGUCUGCUCAUCAUGGACGAGUUCUACUCGCGCUACAACUACGAGGAUGGGUGCAACGGAGAGAGUAUUUCCUGCUGUGGAAAUAUCGAGGAUGUCAACGUGGACCCUGUGCUUAUUCUUGACGGUCUUACAAAGGCUUUCCGACUCCCCGGAUGGCGAAUCUGCUGGAUUCUGGGCCCCAAAAAGUACAUCAAUGCUCUCGCUUCUGCAGGAUCGUAUCUUGACGGAGGAGGAAACGCGCCGUUCCAGGCCGCAGCUAUUCCCAUGUUGGAACCCUCGCUGGUGAGAAAGGAAAUGACUGCUCUGCAGCGUCAUUUUGUCAUGAAGCGGGACUACUGCAUUGACCGACUCACCAAGAUGGGAUUUGUGUUCAAGAAGAUUCCUACCUCCACCUUCUACCUGUGGGUCGACCUCUCAAAGCUGCCUGGUAAGCUGAGCAAUACCCUUGGCUUCUUCCAGGAGUGUCUCAAGGAGAAGGUGAUUGUUGUUCCUGGUAUUUUCUUCGAUCUUAACCCUCUGGCUCGACGAGAACUCGAUGACUCUCCUUACUACCACUUUGUGCGACUCUCCUACGGCCCUGACAUGGAUGCCCUCAAAUUGGGCAUGGACGGUAUUGAGAAGGUGAUACAGAAGCACACUCUGAGCCCUAAGAUUUUUGAUAAGAAGUUGAAUCUGGCUGAUGAGCCUGCUCGAGCCGAGUCUCCUGUCCCUAAGAGAUAG